UCCGCAGGCGAAGGGCCAGGACACUGAGACGGGGGCAGAGAGGCAGACGAGGGCACCAGCAUGGCAGUGACACUGUGCCAGGUGAUGGGCUUUGUGCUGGGCAUCGUGGGCUUGGCGGGGAUCAUCGCAGCCACAGGCAUGGACAUGUGGAGCACGGAGGACCUGUACGACAACCCCGUUACCGCCAUCUACAGCUACGCGGGACUGUGGAGGUCCUGUGUCAGGCAGAGCUCUGGCUUCACAGAGUGCAGGCCGUAUUUCACCAUCCUGGGCCUUCCAGGCCUUUUCCAAGGUGUGAGAGCACUGAUGAUUGUGGCGAUCGUUCUGGGAGUAAUUGGGGCCUUCAUCGGAGUUUUUGCCCUGAAGUGUCUUAAAAUGGGCAACAUGGAGGACCGGGUGAAAGCGACCAUGACGUUAACUUCAGGGGCCAUGUUUGUUAUUGCGGGGAUCUGUGCCAUUGCUGGCGUUUCCAUCUUUGCGAAUCUUAUUGUGACCAACUUCACGCUGACCACCUUCACUGGGAACGUGGGCUUUGGUGGAAGCAGCGUGGCCUUUGCAGGCUCACCCAUAACUCCGAGAUACACAUUUGGUUCCGCCCUGUUUGUGGGCUGGGUGGGCGGCGGUCUCUUGGUAGUGAGCGGAGUCAUGUUGUGCUUGGCCUGUCGUGGAAUGAUGCCAGACAAUCGCUAUAAAGGAACACCGUACAAAGCUGCAACUCAAAGUGGAUUCUACAGGUCAGAGGGCAAAUCCAAGGCCUACAACGAAUCGUACAAAGCUCAGAGCAUGGACGGCCACCGAUCCAACCAGAGAUUUGACUACGUUUGAAACUGAGUAAU